GUAAAAGGGUUGUAUGCUGGGAAAGAUGGGUUAGUCUGUGGACAUCGGAAUGUUGGAAUUAAGAUUAGUGUACUGUAUAUGUGAGUGGAAGUGGCUGUAAUUAGCAGCAGAAGAAGUGUUGUUGUCAGUUAGUUUGCGCCAAUCAGGGGAGGGGUGGUAGGGUUGGGGGAAAAUAAAUAAACAGGGUGAUUAAAAUUGAAGCAAACAAUUAGUUUGAUAGAACCCAAAAUCUAUCUGGAAUGUUGAAGCUGAUCUAUGCAAGAUGCAACUGUGGAUAUUUCUGAGGGGUGCAGGUUUAGUAUAACUUUAUUCCAGUAAAUUACUAACGUCUGAUUAAUUACUUUUGUCUAAUGAAAUUACUGUCGUCUAAUUUGGUCACAGGAAAUUAACAUUUAGAGUAUAAUGCUCAAUGAAACACUGAACUACAAUACCAGGGAAAAGCCUGUUUGAUACUUUGAUCUAAAUCAGGAUUGCAUUAUGAAUGUAGGUGCUCUUGGGGGGGACUUGUAGCUUCAAAAAUAGCCCACAGUGUAACCAAAAGUCUUUGCAUUUUGCGCAAAGAGAAAAAUUGGGAAAUAAAUGUUGCUGAUUACAGAUGAACAGCUCUCACAGCGCAGGUGUCGUCCGUUUCAUGACAAGCUCGAAUAGACUGUGUGUAGGCUAACCAGAAUUCCAUAGCCCAUUACAUAAGGAAUGCUUGAUCUGUCAUGAAAAUAAACGGUAAAGGGCUGUGGAGAUUAUUCUUGUCCAAAUAAAAUGCCCCUGCUGAGUGAUGACAAGAAGCGUAUUCCGCUUGAGCCGUAGUGGGGCUGCUGCCAUUGACGAUACCGCGGUGCCUAAAAUGGGAGCGCGGCGAAGCGAUGAGAAUCGAACGGUAGCAAUGGGGGAACCAGCGCACUGGUGCUGAGGAGAACGGAGCAUCAUCACCGACCAAAACACCGCAGCCUUCAGCAUCUAAACCAAACCCGCCCCCAAACAAAGGAAAGAUGGCCAUUUCAAGAUGAAAACCGACUGACAGAAAAAAGGACCUGUGAGACAUCUGGUGGAAACGGUAAAGGCUGUCAGAGCUACAGUCACGCAUGCUGUCUCCCCCACCCUGCCAGCUUCAGCAUGCCCACCUCCGAGGCGCAAGGUGUGGGCAGUAACUCCAGCACCGUGCCAUGGGAUCCUGGUUCCUCUGGUCCUCCUGGCCCCACAGACUGGCCGUCGGUGGCCAACAGCGUGGUGAAGAUCGUGCUGAUCUCAGCCAUCGUGUGUGUGUCUCUGUUUGGUAACGUGGUGGUGUUGUUGGUGUUCCAGAGGAAGCCUCAGCUCCUCCACGUGGCCAACUGCUUCGUGCUCAACCUCCUCCUGGCAGACCUGCUCCAGACCGUGCUGGUCAUGCCCUUUGCCAUCGCUGCCACCGUACCCGGUGUGUGGCCCCUGGACGCCCGCUUCUGCCAGGCCCUGGUGGUGCUCAUGCACCUGUUUGCCUUCGCCGGGGUGAACACCAUAAUCGUGGUGUCGGUGGACCGUUAUCUGGCUAUCAUCCACCCGCUGUCCUACCCUACCCGCAUGACCCCUCAUCUGGGCACCAACCUAAUCGCCUGCACCUGGGUGUUGAGUCUGCUCCAGAGCACGCCGCCCCUCUAUGGCUGGGGAGCCAUAGACUUUGACCGCAGGCAUAACGUGUGUUCUGUGGUGUGGUCCUCCAGCCUGUCCUACUCAGUCCUGGUUGCCACGUUCUCCUUCGGGCUGCCGGUGCUCAUCAUGCUGGGCUGUUACUGGAUGGUAUUCAGGGCAGCUAGGAGGCAGAACGCCCUGGUGCACCCCAUCCAGACCCACUCUAAGUCCCAGUCCAACCUGCCUCCGGAUCCCCAGGCCCCCUGCCCUGGCAGCCCCCAGCGCCCACCCCAACAGGCACCCCCACCCCUGGACUCCUUCUCAGCCGGGGGGUACCCCAUCCGUGGCAGGCACAGACGUUUCCACUACCACUGCAAGGCAGCCCGGGUGGUGUUCGUAAUCAUGGCCUCGUACAUCCUGAGCAUGGGACCUUACAGUGUUCUCAACACAGUCUCCAUUCUCUCCAGUGCUGCUGUGCCUUCAUGGCUGGCCUCCCUAGCCCUGGUCCUCUUCUUCUUGCAGUGCUGCCUCCACCCAUACAUCUACGGCUACAUGCACCGCAGCGUGAGGAAGGAGUUCCUGGCCCUGCUGUGUGGUCCACUCUGCAGGCAGGGCCAUCCCUGCCACACCUCCGCCCAGGACAGCUGCUUCACCAUGACCGACGGACGCUCCACGCACCACAACCUGCCCAGCCUGGCCACCCGUGUCUGCCCCCUCCGCACCUGGGAGGAGGGCACCACCACGGAGGCUACCUCCUCCUCCCCCACCACGGAUAGGAGGUCCAGGGACAGCCGCAAAGAGACCACCAGCCUGAGCUCUGAGAGAGAGCUCACCGUUCACACCACCACCAAGUAGAACAGUCUACAGAGAAACAGCCAGGGAGAUGGGUUGACUUGUCUUUCAUGUGGCAGUUUUCCCCUCCAAUGAAGACAUCAUGGUUAAACUUGAGAUGAUCUGCCUUCUAGUCUACUGGGUUGUCCAUUCUGACAUUGUCUGUUUGUUGUGAUACGGGGUUGUUGUAUUUUUGAUGGCUAGAUUGACCAAGUAAUGAUUAUUUGCCAUACACAUGGUUCCAGGAAAGGAAUUGCGACCUGAGUUGCAGUAUUUUCCUUGAAAAGCCAUUGUUGGUUCUCCUAUUGUUAGGUUCAGGUUGACGGGUCAUUGAAAAACAUGUGUCUACUGUUAUGUCUACGAGAGUACUAGACAGGGUCACCGAAGUGUAUUUAUUGAACAUUUUGUGCAUUCAAAAGUAUUUUUUUUAGAUGGUAUUAGCCGUUGAGAAAUAUAAAGGGGGGGUUUCUAGAGGGAAUCUCUGUCAAAUUGCCACGAAAUAGAUCAAAUAUUAUCAUAUCAACUUGAAAUAACAUGCCACAAAUGUAUGUGACUGUGUAUUUGACUGUUGUAAACGUUGCUACAGAACACAGCUUAGUAUGUGUAUCUUCUGUGGGGAGCAUUAUUAGAAUGUGCUAACCGUUACCACUCACCCUGCCCAUAGUGUAUAACACGUGAUGUCAAGGAAGAGAUGACAGAGGGACCAAAAUGACCAGUGAUUCAUGAAUCCGAAUCACUAGUUUAGCACCAGAAUCAUCACCACUAGCUACCCAUCAUAAGCACAGCUGCCUUUCCUCUGCCUUUCCCAAACAGCAUCUCAUCUAGCUAAUAUCCCCCAUUGAUCUGUGCCCCAUGAUUCAGUCAGUCUAAGCAGCCUGCCAAUCCAGCCAAUUAAUUCAGGGUGUUAUGGGGACUGUGCACUGUGGAGUGACCAUGCCUGUCCUUGAAGCCUCUUGAGCGGGUGAACACCACUCUCUCUGCCCCUGAACCAUCUGGUUCCCUUUCAAAACACCUCAUUAGUUGAGCUGUGCAGUGUCUCAUUGACUGUUCCCCUCCACUACCAAGUGGAUGGCUCUACCAAGCCUUCUGAAAGCUACACUGUUCAUGUUUGCCUUAGCCAGUUUUGCCCUCUCAUCUCAGAGUUUCAAAGGAGGCUGAGAGCUCUCACAAACUCCUGUUACCUGUACGCGGCCAUGCAUCUUGGUAGGGCUCCACUGACUCCAUAUCAGCUCACUUAGCUUCUGUAAAGCGUAGAUAGUAUUAGAAUACCAUAUCGGUAUAGGUGUUACGUUAUCUUUUCACUUUAUCAGAGCAUAGUGCAUGAAGGUCAGACUACUAGUCGAUAUGAAACAGGUUACAGUGUACUGUAAACCCAGUACUAUAGCUACACGUUAUUCAUUUUGAGACCUCUGAAAAUACUGAUGGUCUAAAACUUUCAACAUAGUACAUUUACAUACAAUGCAUUCGGAAAGUAUUCAGACCCCUUGACUUUUUCCACGUUAUGUUACAGCCUU